AUGCUCGGCACAGAGGACCGAUUGCGGCGUGCAGACCAAGAGGACGAGGUCGACGACGACGGACAGUAUGCGGAAGAAUCGCCACUGCUAAGGACAUUGGCCCAAACAUUGCCAUCCGACGACGAUAGCAGCCCCAGUGCGUAUUCUCGACCUGGCGGCUCAUUGCCAACCGUCUUCAAGGUCACCGUCGCGGCUAGCGUCAUUAUUUUAAUAUCAGACGUGGUCGCCAGCGUGCCCAUGACGCCCCGGCUAGUCAUUUUUGAGGAUAUUCUAUGUCGCAACUAUUACGAUGCAUGGGGAGGGAGCGGCGAUUCUCGAAUGGGCGACUGCAAAGUUGAGCCCGUGCAGGCGGAGCUGGCUGUCAUUAACGGUUGGAAAGAAACGUUUGAUACUAUCCCAGGCGUCCUGGUUUCCAUUCCCUAUGGUGCUUUGGCAAAUCACAUUGGUCGCACCAAUGUCCUCCUGCUGGCUCUCUUUGGCAGCUUGUUGAGCGAGUGCUGGCUCGCCAUAGUAUCAACAACAACACCAGGCUGGCUGCCGCAAAAACUGCCGCUGCGCGCCAUGUGGUUCUCUGGCGUCUUUCAACUGAUCGGAGGCGGCGGAGCAACUGUAAUGGCCAUGUGCUACACUAUGAUUGCCGACAUGUGUACGCCACAGCAAAGCAUUGGCAUCCUGGCGGCAACCUUGGUCGUUGUACUACUGUUUCUCGGUCGCUACCUUCCUUCGUCGCCCCCGAAAUACGAGCCUAUAUGUGGCAAAGACCAUCAUGACGAUGGAAUUGUAUCCUCGAACCCUGUUAUUGACUCUGUCGCCGCCACCAAUCUGCAGAAACCUGCAUCGGCUUCGACAUCAGUCAAUGCCGUUGGCCAUUGGCUGUCGAGAGAUGUAUUGCUAAUGCUCGUGGCCUUUUUCUGCUGCCAGCUUAGUCGUCAAUUCUCGAGCGUGUUACUCCAGUUCAGCUCAUUCAAAUUCAGCUGGGACUAUGCAAAGGCGUCUUACCUCCUCCCUCUUCGUGCGGGAAUCAACCUAGCCGUACUAUUCUGGGUGAUUCCUCACCUCGUCCGAUUCUUCACCCAGCAAAGAGGCCUCGUUCAGUGGCAGGCGGACAAGUACGUCACGCUGAUCAGCGGUGUCUGCCUCGCCAUCGGAUCCGUCUUGAUCUUUCUCUCGGCCAACCCGCUUGGCCUGGUGCUUGGCCAGAUAUUGAUCGCGUUGGGCUUUAGCUUCACAGUCACGGCGCGCAGCUUCCUCACGGCCAUGGUGGAACCGCGGUUCCUGAGCCUGCUGUACUCUGGCGUCACGUCCGUCACGUAUGCUGGCCUCAUUGUCGGAGGGCCGGUCUUCUCCACGGCCUUGAAGUGGGGUCUGAAGCUGGGCGGGAUAUGGAUCGGCUUGCCUUUUCUCGUGGCUGCCAUUUUGUUUACUGUCGCAACCCUGACGACGUUGGCGGCAACGGUGACUGGGUGA